ACUUGAGAUGCAAUAAAGGAUUUGCCAUGCUGGAUGGAACAACAUGCACAGACAUCAAUGAAUGUGAACUCUUCCCAAACAUCUGUUCGGGUGGUGGACUAUGUGUUAAUUCUGCAGGGUCCUACAAGUGCAAUUGUCCCCCAGGUCUAACACUUGACUCGAGUGGAACAAAAUGCGUAGAUUUGAGGGAAGAAACUUGUUUUGCUUCAUAUUCAAAAGGACGAUGUCUAAAGCCUUUUGAAGGAUUAUAUAAAAAGAUGAUGUGUUGUUGUUCUUUGGGUCAAGCUUGGGGUCAUAGUUGUGAACCCUGCCCUAGACAUGGAACAGAACCAUUUAGAGAACUAUGCUUAAAGGGAAUAGGCUAUUCCUUUGAUGAAGUAAGAGAAGAAAUUGGUUUUAUCAUAGACAUCAAUGAAUGUGUUGAAUAUCCAAAUAUUUGUCAAAAUGGAAGAUGUCAAAACACAAUUGGCAGUUUCUCUUGCCAUUGUAACCCAGGAUUUGCCUUGGACUCUGAUGGGGUGAACUGUACAGAUAUUGACGAAUGUUCUAUUGCCUUUGAUGUUUGUGGAAAUGGAACAUGUAGGAAUACAGCUGGUUCAUUUACAUGUGACUGUCAUGAAGGGUAUGAAAAUGCCAUGAUGAUGCAGAUGUGUAUGGAUAUUGAUGAGUGCAGUAGAAGCAGAGGACUCUGCCGAGGAGGAAGAUGCAUUAAUACCCAAGGCUCUUUCUCUUGUGAUUGUCCACCAGGCCAUGAACUGGGUCCAAAUGGAAGAUAUUGUAAAGAUAUUGAUGAGUGCAGUAGGAGUAGUGGCAUUUGUUCAAAUGGAGUUUGUGAAAACAUGAUGGGAACCUACCAAUGUAUUUGUAAUGAAGGAUAUGAACAAACUUUACAACUGACCAGCUGUGAAGAUACUGAUGAGUGUGCUUUCAAUAAUGGAAAUUGUCAGUCUAAAUGUGUUAAUACUCAAGGUAGCUACUCAUGUGCCUGUGAUCCUGGUUAUAGAAUACUUGAAGACCAAAAAUCAUGUGGAGAUAUAGAUGAGUGUCGUGAAAGGCCACGUGUCUGUAGCGGAGGAAAGUGCACUAACUUACCAGGUUCUUAUCUGUGUAUAUGCACUGAGGGACUUAUGGAUGGACCUGAUGGGAAAAGUUGUAUUGAUGUUGAUGAAUGUGCUUUGAACCGUAACGUGUGUUUGAAUGGAGUGUGUGAAAACACCGUUGGAUCUUUCGUCUGUCACUGUGAUCCUGGCUUUUCAGUUAAAGAUAAAGAUGAGGGUUGCACAGAUGAUGAUGAGUGCUCUCAAGUGAGUACAUCAUGUGACAUUAAUGCUGAGUGUGUUAACACGCAGGGAUCAUACCAUUGCCAAUGUCUUACUGGUUAUCGUGGUGAUGGAUCUGAUUGUCAAGAUGAAAAUGAAUGCCUAAGAAAUAAUGGGGGCUGUGAUCCUGAUGCUAGCUGUGUAAAUACAGAAGGGUCCUUUAACUGUGUGUGUGAUGAAGGUUUCAAAGGUGAUGGUCGAAGAUGCCAAGAUAUUGAUGAGUGCACUCGCAACCCUUCCCUCUGUGAGAAUGGUCAAUGUCUCAAUUAUCCUAGUGGUUACCGUUGUGAAUGUGAAAUGGGUUUUGCUCCUGAGAAUAAUGAAAAGGCUUGUGUUGACAUUGAUGAAUGCAGCAUGUUUCACAACAUCUGUGUGUUUGGUCGUUGUGAGAAUGUAUUUGGAAUGUUCCGCUGUCAGUGUGAAACAGGUUACCAGCUCGACUCUUCUGGAGGAAAUUGCACAGAUAUAGAUGAAUGUGAAAACACUCAGAAGUGUAGAUAUGGUACUUGCAUCAACACACCAGGGUCUUUUCUAUGUCAGUGCCCACCUGACUAUGAAUUGGCCCCUAAUGGAGAAGGAUGUAUUGAUAAGCGUGAAAGCCAGUGUUAUAUGGAAGUGUCUGACACCUACUAUGGAAGAGGUGUGUGUCGUACAAGUCUUGGAGAACCAAUGACUAAAGCUACAUGUUGCUGUAGUGUAGGAGUAGCAUGGGGUCCAACUUGUGACCUUUGUCCUCCACAUAACUCUUCUGAAUACCAAGCUUUGUGUCCAGAAGGCCCUGGAUUUAGACCUAAUCAACUUACAGUAGUUUUAGAAGAUAUCAAUGAGUGUGAAGAACUGAGAGGGAUAUGUGAAGAAGGACGAUGCUCAAACACCUUUGGAAGCUUCAUGUGUAUUUGUCCUGAGGGCUUUAAGCUAGAUGGCUCUAAACGAAACUGUAUAGAUGUGGACGAAUGUGAAGUAUACCCAGAUGUUUGUGGAGCUGGAACAUGUUUAAACAAUGUUGGAAGUUAUACCUGUGUUUGCCCUCCAGGCUUUGUUCUUAUUCCUAGUGGAAGACCUACUUGUAUUGAUAUGAGAAAAUCUAUGUGCUAUAGACAUUAUCGUGCAAUUGAUAUAAAUGGUCAAUUCAUUUGUGAGCAUCCGAUGAUGGCUAAUCAAACCAAGAUGACUUGUUGCUGUUCAGUGGGUCGAGCUUGGGGUCAACCAUGUGAGCCUUGUCCUACAGAAGGGUCAGAGGAUCAUAAGAAAUUAUGCAGCACAUCUCCUGGAACAUAUAUAAACCCCAUGACUGGCACAAAAGAUGAUGUUGAUGAGUGUCAGGGAAUGGUAUGUCAGAAUGGAAACUGUGUUAACACAGUAGGAAGUUUUGAGUGUAUUUGUAAUCAAGGAUAUCGCUAUGACUCUCUUAUGCUCAAGUGUGAAGAUAUUGAUGAAUGUUUGGAGAGGAUAAACAUUUGUCGUGGAAGCUCAAGAUGUGUGAAUACUCCUGGCAGUUUUACAUGUGAAUGCCCUGAGGGAUAUAAACUUUCUGCAAAUAGAAGGGAUUGUGUUGACAUUGAUGAAUGCUUGGAAAUAGAAGGAUUUUGUACAAAUGGAGUCUGCUCCAACCUUCAAGGAAGCUAUCGAUGUACUUGUAACAUUGGUUACAAACCUUCCCCUAAUAGCGACCAGUGUGUGGAUAUUGAUGAGUGUGCCAGAAGUCCUGGGAUAUGCUCCAAUGGUACUUGUCAAAACACACCUGGGUCUUACCAAUGUGCCUGUAAUACUGGUUUUCAAAUUACAUCACAAGGAGAUUGUUAUGAUGUUGAUGAAUGUAGAACACAGUAUGGGAUCUGUUUGAAUGGGCGAUGUAGGAACACCAUUGGAAGCUUUGAAUGCCAGUGUCAAGAAGGUUACCAAUUAAGUUCAGACAGGCGCAGCUGUAUUGAUGUAAAUGAAUGUGUGGAGUAUGAGAAUUUGUGCUCAGAAGGGACAUGCCAAAACUCAGAAGGCUCCUUUGUAUGUGUUUGCCCAGAAGGAUACACAUUAACACCCAACAGGCGAAAUUGCCAAGAUGUUGAUGAAUGUCGAACCAAUCCCCAGUUGUGUUUUGGAGGAACCUGCAUAAACUCUAAAGGAAGUUUCUCCUGCAAAUGCCCACCAGGGUUUGUUUUGUCUGCUGAGAAGAAUAAGUGUUAUGAUACCAGAAAGAACUUCUGUUAUACAUCUUUGGAGAAUGGAGUUUGUAAGAUACCAAGAAGAAUGAAUGUUACUCUCAGUGAAUGUUGUUGUCUGGAAGGUUCUGUAGCUUGGGGUUCUGAUCCCUGUGAAGUUUGUCCUUCUCCAAAUGAAGAGAGUUUCCGACUUCUUUGUCCAGAAGGUUUUGGAUACAUAAUAUUUCACGAUGGAGUUGUGGAAGACAUCAAUGAAUGUAUGAUGGAUACUACUCGAUGUGAGAAUGGCAUAUGUAUCAACACAGAUGGUUCAUAUCGCUGUGAAUGUCAAGAAGGCUUCAAAUUAGAUGACACAAACAAUAGAUGUGUUGACGUGGAUGAAUGUGCUGAGCCAGACAUUUGUGGUAAUGGGACCUGUAAAAACUUGAUUGGUGGUUUUGAAUGCUCAUGUCGAGAAGGAUUUGCUCCAGGACCAAGACAGACUUGUGAAGAUAUCAAUGAGUGUUUAGAAGCUGGUGCUAUGUGUGCCUUCCGCUGCCAGAAUACUCCAGGUUCGUUCAAAUGUGUGUGUCCAUAUGGUUAUGCACUUGCUCCAGAUGGUAGACAUUGUCAAGAUCUGGAUGAAUGUGAUACUCCUGCAAAUACUUGUCGCUAUCAGUGUAAAAACCUUGUUGGAUCAUUCAUGUGUAUUUGUCCUGAUGGCUAUGAGCAAGUUGGUGUUGGAGAUAACUGUCGUGAUAUUGAUGAGUGUGCAAUCACAAGGGACCUGUGCAAAAAUGGACGAUGUGUAAACACCCGAGGUAGUUUCCGAUGUGAAUGUUUUGAUGGAUUUGAAACCAGUGCAGAUGAACAAUACUGCAUAGAUGUUAGAGUGGGAUUCUGCUUCGUGCAUGCUCCAGGAGGACUGUGCUCUGGUAAUACAGAAAACAUGCGACAAAUUACAAAGGCAGAUUGCUGCUGUGGAAUGGGAGCAGCUUGGGGUCCACAAUGUGAUGUUUGUCCACAUCGUGGAACUAGAGAAUACAGUGACCUUUGUCCACUUGGUUCAGGCUACACCAAAGAAGGUCGUGAUGUUGAUGAAUGUGCUACAAUGCCAGACUUGUGUCAAAACGGUCGUUGUGUAAACACACUGGGGUCCUAUCGUUGCAUUUGUAACAAGGGCUACAAGACUGAUCAUUCAAAGACCCACUGCAUAGAUGAAAAUGAAUGUCAGGCACGUCCUUCUCCCUGUCAAUUCACAUGCCAAAACACUGACGGAAGUUAUUUAUGUUUGUGUGCCCAGGGAUAUGUACUUAAUGCAGAUGGAAGAACCUGCAGAGACUUGGAUGAAUGUGCAACUGGCCAGCACAACUGUGAUCAGGUUUGUGUGAACACUCCAGGAAGUUACCACUGUACAUGCAAGGAAGGCUAUGAGAAGCAGGGGUCUCGAUGUAAAGAUAUUAAUGAGUGUACAGAUCAGCCUCAUUUGUGUUCUCCUGUUGGAACCUGUUUAAACACAAUGGGCAGCUUUAAGUGCAACUGCCCUCGUGGCUAUAUCACUGACUCUUCUGGUACCUCAUGUGUAGAUGCAAAUGAAUGUCUGGAUGAUAGUAAAUGUCAGUAUGGCUGUCAGAACAUGGCUGGAGGGUACAGGUGUGCUUGUCCUGAGGGCUACCUACAACAUUACUACUGGAACCAAUGUGUUGAGAUUGGAACUUUUGAUGGGACAGUAAAUGCUGGUUGUCAGAGCAGCCAGUGUGUAUUUGGAUGUAGCCCAGGGGGAGCUUCUUGUGGAUGUCCUGAAGGUUACCAACUUGUGGGACAAUACCACUGCUUACAAACCUCCCAGGCUUUUGGCAGCAGCAAUGGAGACAUCAAUUCAUAUAUCCCAGCAGGUGGUUAUGGUAAUAGUGGAGGUGACAGCUAUUUACAACCAGGCAGUUAUGGAAGCAGUGGAAGUUCUGGAUCCUAUCUUCCAUCAAGUGGCUAUGUUGAUAACACUCUUGGAAACAUUCCAUUCCAACCAAUUCCUGAUCUUGAUUCCUAUACUGUUCCCAGUGAGAAGGUUAUAUCUACAGAAGGUUGUUAUUCUUGUAAAAUUAAUGGUGGUCGUCAAAAGCGUGAAGCCUCAGUUCAAAAUCAACGUAGUAUUACAGUUAGGAGACUGGAGAAGAAAGUUUCUAAUAGAUUGAAUCACCCAGAUGUUCAUAACCUUCGACACAAGAAGCAGAAGAAAGCAACAAAAGUUGAUUCGGGUAUAGCAAACUCAUUAGGAAGGGAUCAGUCCAUUUUAAUUAAACUGCCUUUGGCAAAUACUCAUCCUAAUCUGCUAAUUCUUAAGAUCCAACCAGCUUUUCGUUUCCUGCUGAACAAUGAAGAGUAUGAAAUACUAGAGGGUAAUAAAGAAGGGUUCUUUCAGUUAAACACCAGGUAAGCUAAGAAGACUAUGAGCUAAUCUGUACUGAUAGA